GGGGAUAAGCGAGGUUGAAGGGAGGAGCAAUCCCGGCGGAGGAGACGACGAGGAUGCUGCUGCUGCUGCGAGCCGCCGGGGCAUCGCCGGCGGCGUCAAUGAUGGCCGCAGCCGCCGGCGGCGUCAGGAGUAGACCCACCCGCCUGAACUCCAUCGUUGGUCUCUCCUCGUCUGCGGGUGGGAGGAGGAAGAAGGGCGGGCGGCGGGGCGAGGCCAAGCCCCAACUCCCGCCCCCGCCGCCGCCGCGGCCCCAGCUGCGGAACGGCGAGACCCCGGGCAGCAAGAACUCGAAGCCAGACGCGAGGACGACGGGUCGCCCUGCGGAGGAGGCGGCAUCUCAAGGGCCGCAGAGGCAGGUGGGUGAGAGGAGGAAGAAGCCGCCGCAGCAGCAGCAGGAGAAGCCGAAGCGCGUGGUGAAGUGGAAGUGCGCGGCAGGGUGCGGCGCGUGCUGCAAGCUGGACAAGGGCCCCGACUUCCCCGCCCCCGAGGAGAUCUUCGCCGAGCACCCCGAAGACCUCAAGCUGUACAAGAGUAUGAUCGGCACCGAUGGAUGGUGCACCAACUACGAUAAGUCCACACGCACCUGCAACAUCUAUGAAGAGCGGCCUAUCUUCUGCAGGGUGGAACCAAAGGUUUUCGAGGAGUACUUUGGUGUUCCAAGCAGACCCAGCACGUUCGACAGGGAAGCUUGCAGUGCUUGUGUGGAUACCAUCAAGAUGGUGUAUGGUGAUGAUUCUGCGGAGCUAACUAACUUUAAACGUGUCAUAAGGGAAGAAAGUAAGAAGCAUGAAGCUAUUAUGAAUCAGAAUAAAUUGUUGGAUACAUAGCUCCUGGUAAAACCAAUGCUUUAUUGUAAAGGUCCACAUAUUUAUGGUUACUGGUAGCAUCACAACACCAGUGCCUCAAAUGGUUAAACACGGAAUACAGUGUGUGGUAUUCAGCGGAGUUUACCUGAGAUGUUGCCACCGCAGUUCGGAGGAAGUGCAUUUACACUUUCAAGCUAAGAAGGCUUGUCUGAUAUGCUCAAGUUUGCAUUUACACUUUCAAGCUAAGAGUGCUGUCUGAUAUGCUCAUGUUUAGAAGCCUAUGGGUGAGGGUUGGCGGUGUUUUUCUUUCUUUGUUGACGAUUGUUUGCUGAAGCAUAUGACUGUAGUUAGUUUGUUGUGAAAGCCUUCAUCUGACUCAGAUUUGAUUCUGAAUUACCAAAUCCGAAUCUAAUCUCACUAACGAUUUGAUUCUGUGCGAGGCAGCACGUAUUCUCCUUUUGUAUUCCUCAUAUGAAACAUUGCUGUUGGAGAAUGGAGAUACAGAUGGAUGUUUA